AUGUCUUCUAAUGGAGAAAUUAGUGAAAUAAUUGCUAAAUAUGCUCCGAUUUCAUUAGGAUCUGAUUUGUCAGAUUUUACAAAUAAUGAAAAAAUUGCCGUAGAAAAAUUGAUUGCAGCUGGAAGAAUCAUUAAUAGAAUUUAUCUUCGUCAAAAGUGGAAGGGAAAUGAAUCUUUAUUAGAACAGUUAUUAUCAGCAACUCCACGCGAUGAAAAUGCUAUAUUGUUUUUUAAUUUAAUGAAAGGACCGUGGGAUAGAGUUGAUGGAA